AUGAGUGCCGACGCCAUCCCCGAUUUCCUCGCCGAGCAGCGCGAUGAAGCUCCCGAGGAGCUCCAGCCUCUCAUCCUCGACUUUGAGAACUACUGGGAGCGUAAGCUCUGGCACCAGCUCACCGAAGCCCUCGUCGAGUUCUUCAGCCAUCCCGGGAGCGCUCCCAAGCGGCUAGUCUUCUACAGAGUCUUCAUCCUUAAAUUUGCCGACAAGAUCAACCAGCUGAAGCUCGUGGAACUGGCGUUGAAGGCGGCGACAGAGUGCGAUGAGGAUGAGGAGCGUUUGGAAUUCCUGCAAUCGGUCGCCAAGAAGGUUGACAACGAGAACUCGCAAGAUGCAUAUGUUUUUGCCCUGGUUGCUGUCGCUCGGGCGAAGCUCGACCUUGAGGAGCUAGACAGCGCACGAAAGGAUCUCGACACCGCCGAGAGGAUACUAGACUCCUUCGAUUCCGUCGAGAACAUCGUCCAUGCCUCAUUUUACGACGCCAAUGCCACCUACUACCAGCUCAAGAUGGACUUCUCCAACUACUACCGCACUGCCCUCCUCUACCUUGCCUGCAUUGAUGUCGCCUCCCUCUCUCCCAAGGAGCGAUACAAGCGGGCCUACCACCUCAGCAUCGCCGCUCUGGUCUCUACCAGCAUCUACAACUUUGGAGAGCUGCUCCUCCAUCCCAUCCUCGAUGUUCUUGCCAAGAGCGAGCACGCCUGGAUGCGCGAGCUUCUUUUCGCUUUCAACCGCGGAGAUCUUGCGGCCUACGAGAGACUUUCUGAUCGUGUCGAGUCUAACAAGCUCCUGAGCAGCAACUCUACCCACCUCCGCCAGAAGAUCUACCUCUCUGCUCUCACCGAAGCUGUCUUCCGCCGCCCCCCUCAUGACCGAACCAUGACCUUUGCUACCAUCGCCCAGGAGACUAAGGUUCGACCACAGGAGAUUGAGCAUCUCAUCAUGAAGGCUCUGAGCCUGGGUCUGCUCCGGGGUACCAUCGACCAGGUCGAUGGCGUGGCACACAUUACCUGGGUUCAACCCAAGGUAUUGGAUAUGAAGCAGAUUGCCGCCAUGCGCCAGCGACUCCUGGACUGGGACUCGAGCGUCAACCAACUCGGCAACUGGAUCGAGUCAGCUGGCAAGGACGUGUGGGCUGCAUAG